AUGACUUUUUAUACUUAUUUUAACUUCAAAUUACUUGAAACUACUAUUACAAAGGCAAGUGUGAUCUGA